AUGAAGAAAUACGGGAACCUAUCUUAUGUCCAUUUUGUAAUUGUGAGUGUGAACCAGUCGACUGUGAGGUGCAUCAAAUAUUUUGUCUUGAGAAUCCAAAAAAAAUCGGUAAAAGACGUCCGAUAUCGACUGAUGGAUAUUCGAAUCAAUAUUCAGAUCGAUUGUAUCAUGACGACCAAUCGACUGAUACUGCUCUUAUUCGUUGUGAACUUUGUAGAAAAUCGAUUGAAUGGCAACUUUUUGAAGAACAUAUCUUUAUUUUACAUCAACAACACCAAAAUCAAAAUGUGAUUGAUAUUCUCAGUGUAUCCAAUAAAGAUGUUCACACCUUUACCGAUGAAAAUAAAUGUGUAGAAUAUAUAAAGACUAUAACAGAUAAAAUAUUUUUAGUUAUUAAUGGUCAACCAUCAACAACUUUUAUUCAAGCAAUUGAAACAAAUUGA